AUGACUGAGGUAAAUGUUGUGUGUGGCCUGGACCACCCGAACCUCGUGAAGCUUAUCGGCUACUGCGCAGAGGACGAUGAAAGAGGAACCCAACGCCUUCUCGUUUAUGAAUACAUGCCGAACGGAAGUGUGGCCGACCAUUUAUCGUCUAAGUCGAUGUUCACUCUUUCUUGGCCAACGAGGCUGCGGAUUGCCUUAGAUACUGCUCGUGGGCUUACAUACCUUCACGAGGAAAUGGGUUUUCAGAUUAUCUUUAGGGAUUUCAAAUCUUCGAAUAUUCUUCUAGACGAGCAUUGGAAUGCCAAGCUGUCGGACUUCGGGUUGGCUCGAUUGGGCCCUUCGGAAGGAAUGACACAUGUAUCGACCGAGGUGGCGGGGACCAUGGGGUACGCGGCCCCCGAGUACGUGAGAACGGGCCACCUCACAUCAAAAAGCGAUGUCUACAGCUACGGUGUGUUCCUCUUCGAGCUCAUCACCGGCAGGCGGCCCCUCGAGCGCAACCGGCCCAAGCCCGAGCAGAAGCUCCUCGUUUGGAUCAAGCCCAACCUCAAGUGCCCCGACAAAUUUCGCAACAUAUUGGACCCAAGGCUCGAUAGGGAACAGGCCCUUGAGUCGGCCCUUCGACUCUCGAUUGUGGCCAGCCGGUGCCUUCUGAAGCAGCCGAAGGACCGACCCGAAAUGAGUCGGGUCCGUCAGAUGGUUCAUGAAGAGGUUGAGGCGUAUAUUAAGAGUGAGAGGAGAACGGGCUGUGGUGGGCCAAAAGGCCGUGCACGGCCUGCUAAGGUCUCGAAAACUUUAGUGGCCCGAUAA